AUGACAAUUGAAGAGGCCAUUACGCGGCAAUUGGACAGUUACCAUCUGCUUUUAGAACUAAUAACGAGACUUCACACCCUGUCGAGCUCUAAGGAGGUUCGUCAGGAGCUGGCAGAUCUAAUUCAGAGGCGGAUCAAAGAAUAUGAUACAGCGACGGAAUCAUUGGAAAUUCAAAUUGAAAAUCAUGUUAGCCAAACAGACCCAAAUAGAAAAAGAUACUUGGUCUCCUUAGAUAGGAUACGAGAGAACCUACGGCUUGCCAAAGUAAGGUUCAGAAAAGCGCAAAUACAAUCCAAGAAAAAUACAGAACUUGCAUGGAUAAAAGAGAGAGAGCUGAUAUUCAGGCCACCCAGAGAAGAUGACAAGUCUAAAUCGUCAACAAAUGGGCAUAGCAAAGAUAGCGGUGGCAGUGGCAAACGAGAACUAAGCACUCAAGACAUGCUAGUUAGCAAAUCAGAAGAUAUCACUGCCAAGCUCCGACAUGUCCAUCAAAUGGCACAGACCGAGGUGGUGAAAUCGUCAUUAAAUAUAGACGAGCUCGACUACUCGACAAAAACACUACGAGAACUGGAACAUAAAUACUCAGCUUUCGACGUCAUGCUGAAUGGAUCACAGCGACUAGUUCGCCACCUCGAAGAAGCCGAUAAAUGGGACAGAAUCUACAUGCUUGCCUCACUCGGGUUCCUGGCUCUCGUAGUGGCAUGGAUCCUAUGGCGUCGUAUUUUCAAGGCUCCAACAAUGCUCGUUCUUUGGGUCAUGCUAAAAUUCUUCCGUUUAGUACGUCCUUCUCCCAGCGAUAUUGUAAAUGCUAAGUCAAGUAUAUUCACAGCACCGGUCGCCGAGACCCAAGAAAUUGCUGCUUCAGCUGUAUCCUCUUCCUCGGAACUUGCAUCCGCUUCUGGAACAGUACUUGAUUCCAUUUCUUCUGUCACCGAAACUGCAGACGAGCUCAUCGAAACACUUGCUUCCGUACUCUCAGAAGCGGUCUCAACAGCCGCCGAGACCCUGUUAGCUGCUACUAACAGAGCUGAGCCACUUCCCGUACAUAAUGAUUUAUGA